UGCUCUGAAGCGCCAUGCUAUCCUGUCAAUGUUAAAAAGGUGCCACAAUAUCCUUGUGGCACUAUACAAUACAAAGAUCUUAUGGCAUUCGGAAAAUAUGUGAACUACUAAUGUCACCUUUGUCAUAAUUUGACCAAUAUGCAUGGAAGUACUAUAAAAUUCAAAACAUUGUCCAAUUGCCCGUUGACACUGUCAUUUGUGAUGCCAUUUGAUCCUUGCCUGUAUGUAACCAAAAUUUUUAAUUUCUCUUUCUUUUUAAAAGUGGUGACUGGUAAUGCGUAACUUUCGUACGUAGAGUAACAAAUAAACGUAUUAAUAAACAUUAAAUAAGCAAUGAAUCUUCUGUACAACAAUGUUUCCUAGUCGUGUUCUCAAAUCAAUUUCGGUGUCGGACCUUGGCGACCAGGUAUAGUGAGGUAUACAUACCAUUUGUUACAAAUGCAACCUGGCUGACUGACGCUAUGAACAGCAGAUAUGAGCGGUGUGUUGACCAGGUGUAGAGUGAGCUCGGAGCAACUAGAUUUGCUUUUGUCGUUUAUGGAAGAGCACCGCGACUUUGCAGCCGGCAAGCAGUCUAUUUACUCUCGCUUCAGUUCGAGCAAGCUGUGGCGUCUCUUGGCCGAGCGGCUCAACGCAGCAGCGGCGGACACGGGGGGUGCGCGAAAAUCUCCAGAUAAAUGGUGCAGGUAUUGGGCAGAUAUUAAGUACAAGGCCCGAAAAAAGUGUGCAGCGGGUGGAGCUCUGGGCGAACUCUCGAAUGCGGAGGAGCGCCUUCAAAGCAUCCUGGGCACGCGUCCGCCGGACUGUAAGUUGACCUGCCGCAUGUGCAAGAUAUUUUUUUUUUAUAACAUAAGGUGGCAAAUGAUAAGCGGCCACCUGUUUCCGCCAAAAUAGCGAAGCGAC